AUCACCUACUUUGGCAUCAGCAAUGGACUAUUCAGUAACCACAAAAUCUCCCAGGGUUCAGCCUCCUACUGAGAUGUCUCAUACCUCUGGAAGAACCACAAAAGGGACAGAAAUGACCAGUGCACCUACUGUUAAAGUCAUAGAGCACAAUCUCUAUUCUACUCAUCCUCCCAAGACAUUUUCUCCUAGCAAACGCACCACAAGGCCUUUUUCUAUUUUACCAGUCCCUACCAAACCAACUACAGUUGCAUGGUUGGGAAACCCAGAUACCCCUACAGCUUCCCAAGGCAAAGAUAUAGAUGAAUGUCUCUCUAAUCCAUGCCCUGCCUUGGCCACGUGUACUAACACACAAGGCUCAUUCCAGUGUACAUGUUCACUCGGGUACCGGAUGGAAAAAGGAAAGUGCAAUUUAGUAAGAACCUUUGUUGGCCAGUUUCCCCUAAUGUUUAACACAACUGGAGGCAAGUAUUCGGAGCUUCAUCGCAUUGAGGAAGAUAUCAUAGUCACAUUGAACAGUUCUCUCUCAGCAUUGCCUGGCUAUUACACUUCGACUGUUCGUGCAUCAAGGCAAUCAGGUAUUGUCCAAGUUUCCAUCACAAGCACCUUUUCCGUGGUCUCCAAUGUCACCCUUUAUGACGUUGUCAGCACUGUGCGAAGCCACAUCCGAGCUUGCAAAGCAUCCUCAGAGACUUGCCAGUUCAUGUCUAGCCUUCUCCAGCUCCACAGAGCUGGUGGUCUGUGCAAACACAAAGAUCCAGAAUGUGACAAAGAAACUUCUGCAUGCGUGGACUUUGACGGCAUUGCCGAGUGCCAGUGCAAACCUGGAUACUUCAGAUACAACAAACUGGAUCAUUCCUGCAGAGCAUGUGAAGAUGGGUAUAAACUUGAGAACAACACUUGCGUGAGUUGCCCAUUUGGAUUAGGAGGAUUCAACUGUGGAAAUCCUUAUCAGCUAAUCACCAUUGUCAUUGCGGCUGCUGGAGGAGGACUUCUGCUCAUCUUGGGAAUUGCUCUCAUAGUCACGUGCUGCCAGAAGAAUAAAAACGACAUAAGCAAGCUCAUCUUCAAAAGUGGAGACUUCCAGAUGUCACCUUAUGCUGAAUACCCCAAAACCCCUCGAGCUCAGGACUGGGGGAGAGAAACCAUUGAAAUGCAAGAGAAUGGGAGCACCAAAAACCUAUUACAGAUGACGGAUGUUUAUUAUAUGCCAACAAACCUACGGAACCCUGAACUAGAAAGAAAUGGAUUGUAUCCUCCUUACACUGGUUUACCAGGUUCCCGACACUCCUGCAUCUAUCCGGGGCAAUACAACCCUUCUUUCAUUAGUGAUGACAGCAGAAGAAGAGAUUACUUUUAAGCGAAUUGCAGGAGGGGGCAUGAA